AAAAGAGAAUGUCAGAUGUUCAGAAGGCACAACACAUCUGACGAUGUUUGAAGAAAAGCUCCUAGUUGGAAUAGCCUCAUUGGCAUCUACUGUUGCCGUUAUCGUCUGUCUUGUGGUUAUUCCAUCACUCUAUAGCACUAUCAAUGAAGUCCAUGAAGAAGUUUUGGAUGGUGUGAAGAUUUUCCGCGCAGAAACGGAUGCUGCCUGGGUUGAGAUGCUCGAUGUUCAAGUAAUGGUAUCUCCACCAUCAAAGCCUAAGGAAAAUCCAUUUAACUCUGUCUUCCGUCAAAAGCGUCAAACAUUUUCGGGAUUACCAUCUUGGUGUCAAUGUGAGCCGGCGAAGCCACGUUGUCCACGGGGACCACCAGGACCUCCAGGUCGUCCAGGACAACGUGGAACUUCUGGAUCACCAGGACCCCGUGGACAGGACAAUCAUCAGGUGCAUGCUCCAAUUCAAUGUCCACGACAACAACCAGGAUGUGUUAAAUGCCCACGAGGACCAGCAGGCCCAACAGGUUCAAUUGGACAAGCAGGAAGACCAGGUCCAGAUGGACGUCCAGGACAACCUGGAAGAAAAGGAAAUAAUGGUAGACCAGGUCAACCGGCACCACAAGGAAAUGCUGGACAUCCUGGAAGAGACGGAGAACCCGGGCAACCAGGAAAUCCAGGAAAAGACGGAAGAAAGGGACGUGGGCAUCCAGGAACAGCUGGAAGACCAGGACAACCAGGAAAGCAAGGAAGUGCAGGAAAUCCAGGAAGAAAAGGAGAAAGAGGACAAGAUGGUCAACCAGGACCAGGAGGAAGACCAGGGCAACCAGGAAACAGAGGAUCCGAUGGACAUCCAGGUACUCCAGGAGGUAGAGGCCUUCCAGGACCAGAUGCUGCAUAUUGUGCAUGCCCACCAAGAUCGUCAGUGUUUGUCAAAGCAAGGCAUUAGAAGUUGGAUUUUAAGGUUUUUAUUUUCUUUUUUCACUCCACAACAACAAAAAUAAACUUUUAUGCACCGUU